GUCUACCUAAAAUGGAGAUUUUCAGUGGGGAGUUGGUUUUGUGAUACGAGUAGCUGCAGGAAAGGGGUUAUUGUCCGCAGUCAACAGUGAAUAACCUCGUCCUAUACGGCUAUGCCUGGCCAUAUGAUGAGGCUAGGCUAGCGCUGCCCCGUUGGCUGGCGCGCGCUAGUACUAGCGUGAUCCUUCUGUUUUUAUAUAUCUUGAACGACAAUCCUUUCAUCCACAAUCAAAUCUUUCAACGAUACAUCCUCACGAUGAAGUCCACCCUCCUCGCCCUGGCUCUUACGAGCAUCGCGUCCGCUCAAAGCACAAUCUCUCUCUACAUUCCUGGAGCAGAGGAAUUUCAAGGGGGAAUCGCUGCGUCCAUCGUCAAAUCUGUAUGUUCUGUUUGGUUGGCAGAGCGAACUCGGUACUAACUCUAAAUUGAUAGGAUUCAGCAGCUGUGACCUACUCGAUGACUUGCGCAAGCGCAAAUGCAACAGGCGAAGCUUGCCCUUUCCCUCCCUCGCUCUUGUUGACCCAAGGACCAGCCAGUAAGUGACAGCAUCUUAUCUAGUAUGAUACAUAUAACCGUUCAUCACUUUGUCCCGUUCACGACUUGGGCCUGCCAAACUAUAUCGAUUACUGACCGUGAAAUUCGUCUAGCUUACCACAUCAACUUUCAAAGCACCCAAGCAAUUGACGGUAUCACAUUGACCGUUUCGGCCGAUGUGGCGUGCUCAAUCACAGAUUCGAAGAGCGGAGUCUGCUCCACGACCGCCCAAGGCAACUCGGGAACCUCGACUUAUUCAUCUGCCGAAACGACGGCCAUCACCGAUGCUCCUAAAGAGUUGUCCUUGACAGCAGUAACGCUUCUCAGCGGUUCUCCUACAUCAACUGGAGCCUCAUCUGGUGCUGCAAGUCAAACAGGAGUACCAACAACAUCUGCGUCGACCGGAAGUGCCCCAAAGAGUUCAGGAGCCAGUUCAACAGGUGGUUCUCCAGCAAGUGCCUCUUCUUCGAGCACUGCUGGCAUGCCAAUGAUUACUGGUAAUGCGCAAUGGGUACUUGGAGGUGCUGCGGCGGCCAUUGCUCUUGGUGCGAUGUAA